AUGGGGGAAGAAGAAACGUUUAAUCAAGCAAUAAAUGGGCACAGUUUACGAGCGACCCAGCGAAUGCCAAACGUAACCGAUUUGCGCGCCGCUUCGGUUCACGAACCGUCAGGCAAUAAUGGCGACUGCGCCUGGCGUCGCGAAACGGUUUCACUUGUCAACCGUUUGUUGAGGCAUCACCCAGUGGGCACGGAGGACCACAUGGACAUUACUGAUGUGCUGACGACAGUGCACCUCCUUGACCGUGUACAACCUCCCAUGCCUGAGGCCCCGAAUGAGGAGGCAGCUACUCCUGCGGGCCCAAGCACUACUGAGGGCCCAAGCACGAGCACAGCUCCGGCCGGAUGUCCCUCUCGUCUACCUAUUGCUACCCCUUGGGUUGUCCCUACCCCCGAUCCCUCUCCAUCCACCCCACAUCCAUCCUCUAGCCCUACCAUCCCUUCAUCCACCCCACAUCCAUCCCCUAGCCCCACCAUCCCUUCACCCAUCCCACAUUCAUCUCCUCGCCCCACCAUCCCUCCACCCACUCCACAUCCUUGUCCUGGGUCUGACAUUCGUCCACCCAUCCCACGGUCAUUUCUCAAGGUGUCACCCAUUCCAUCCUUUGACCUGGGUAUUCAUCCAACCCCACUUGACAUGCAGCAGGAGCCACCCUCCCACAAUACGUCUAUUGGCCCUUCAUCAGCCAUCGACCCACCCCAUGUUCAGGUUGAGCAGGCUGUUGGGUUACCUACUCAACUAGAAGGUCGACCGAAACGCAUAUCAUAG